AGAGAGGCAGGGGGAGCUGGGUCUCCUAUGUGUGAUUGUUGAGGUUGGGUCUUAUCCCCUUCUCUGAGGGCCUUCGACACUCCGUAGCACUUUCACAAAGGGAGAGCCAUGGAGCUGAACUAACCAUUCACCCAGAGCCACGGAAGGAGGGUGAGAGUCCGCCAGCCCAGCCCCAGGAGAGGAGCACCCAGUGGCAGCCACUCAACAGGGGAUACAGGCAGCUCCGAGGUGCUGGCUCUCUUUAUCUCCUUCCAGGCACCACCACCACAGCACCAAGGGGUUGGUUAAUGAGUUGGAGGAGGCAGAGGGAGUGGCUGUACACAAGGGGCUGAAGUUCACCGAGACACAAGCAGCAGGUGGAGGGAGAGAUUGUGAGAGAGAGCCUGACGCACUGACGCUGUCAAGGAGACACACACACCCUCCACCUGACUGAGGUAUCUUUUCUAAGCUGAAUCUGGCACCAUGCCACAGAUGCAGGUCAAAACCCAAGUUGCAAAAGUCCUCAAUAAAACCACACCAGGGCUGCAGAUAUGGAGAAUAGAGGACAUGGAGAUGGUGCCCUUCUCUUCUAAAGCAUAUGGACAAUUCUAUGAAGGUGACAGCUAUGUCGUUCUAUACACCAAUAAGAUGCGUAGCUCGUUCACCUACGACCUCCACUAUUGGCUGGGAAAGGCCACCUCCCAUGACGAGCAGGGGGCGGCGGCCAUCUACACCACUAUGAUGGACGAGCACCUGGGAGGCAUGGCUGUGCAGCACCGUGAGGCACAGGGCUAUGAGAGCGACACCUUUCGUGGAUACUUCAAAAAGGGCAUCAUCUACAAGAGUGGCGGCGUGGCGUCUGGGAUGAAGCAGGUGGAGACCAACACCUACAACAUCUGCCGCCUGCUCCAUGUCAAGGGAAGGAAGCAUGUGGUGGCUGGAGAGGUGGACAUGAGCUGGAGCAGCUUUAACAAGGGGGAUGUGUUCCUGCUUGACCUGGGCAACCUCAUCAUCCAGUGGAACGGACCCAAGAGCAACCGUAUGGAAAGACUCAAGGGAAUGACUCUAGCCAAGGACAUCCGUGACAGGGAAAGAGGGGGACGGGCGCAGGUUAGCGUGGUGGAAGCUGAUGAUGAGAAGUCUUCCGAGGAGGCCAUGAAGCUGAUGAAGCAGCACCUGGGAGAGACGAGACGAGACAUCAGGGACAGCAUCGUGUCUGAUGACGUGGUCGACCAGAAGCUGAGGUCCAGCGUCAAGCUCUUCCAUAUCUCAGAUGCCCAGGGGAACCUUGUGGUGCAGGAGGUAGCAGUGAAGCCUCUGUCUCAGGACCUGUUGAAUCACGAGGAUUGCUAUCUGUUGGAUCAAGGUGGUAUAAGGAUCUUUAUCUGGAAAGGAAAGAAGGCUUCCAAGACAGAACGGUCCAAGUCUUUGGAUAAAGCAGAAGCAUACAAGAAGGCGAAGGGCUACCCUAUCUCCACCUACGUCGAGACGGUGAAUGAUGGUGCCGAGUCUGCCGUGUUCAAGCAGCUGUUCCAGAGGUGGAGCGUGAAGGGUCAAACUGUGGGGAUGGGGACCACAAACUGUCCAGGCAAAAUUGCCAAGGUUGAGCAGAUCAAGUUUGAUGCUACUUCCAUGCAUGCAAGGCCUGACGUGGCUGCCCAGCAGAAAAUGGUCGAUGACGGAACAGGUGAAGCAGAGGUGUGGAGGUUAGAGGACAGUGAACUGGUGCCUGUGGACAGGAAGUGGUUGGGCCACUUCUAUGGAGGCGACUGCUAUCUCAUCCUCUACAAAUAUGAUGUCAGCAAUAGGAGUCACUACAUACUAUACAUAUGGCAGGGUCGCCAUGCAAGCACCGGUGAGCUGGCUGCCUCUGCUUUCCAAGCCGUGAACAUCGACCAGCAGUACAACGGUGAGCCAGUUCAGGUCCGAGUGCCCAUGGGGAAAGAACCACUCCACCUCAUGGCCAUAUUCAAGGGCAAGAUGGUGGUCUAUGAGGAGGGGAGCUCCAGGGCCAACUCUGCACAUGUCCAGCCGGCGGUUCGUCUCUUCCACAUCCACGGCACCAACGAGUUCAACACCCGCGCCAUCGAAGUGCCAGCACGCUCCUCGUCCCUCAACUCCAACGACGUCUUUGUGCUCAGCACUGACACUUGCUGCUAUCUGUGGUACGGAAAGGGCUGUUGUGGUGAUGAGCGAGAGAUGGGCAAAUCCCUGGCAGACAUCAUCUCCAGGAGGGAAAAACAUGUAAUCGCAGAGGGUCAGGAGACGGCUAACUUCUGGCUAAAUCUGGGAGGCAAGACCCAGUAUGCCAACAGCAAGAGGCUUCAGGAAGAGCACAACAACAUCACCCCGCGUCUCUUCGAGUGCUCCAAUCAGACAGGCCGCUUCCUGGCCAUGGAGGUCACCAACUUUAACCAGGACGAUCUGGACGAAGAUGACAUCAUGCUGCUGGACAUCUGGGAUAUGGUGUUCCUGUGGUUGGGCAAGGGAGCUAAUCAAAUAGAGAAGGAGAAUGUGGUCCCCACGGCACAUGAGUACCUGAGGACCCACCCAGGUGGUCGAAAUGUGGACACCCCCAUCGUGCUGGUCAAACAGGGCUUUGAGCCUCCCACCUUCACAGGCUGGUUCCACGCCUGGGACCCACACAUGUGGAGUGGAGGGAAAUCCUACCAGGAGUUGAAGGCUGAGCUUGGGGACGCCAGCGACUUCAUCCAGAUCACCGUGGACAGAAGCACAUCCAACUCUACUCAAAAGAACUCCAAGAGCAUUGGAGAACCACUGCUGUCCCCGACCGUUGGGGCCACCUUCCCUGCAGACAAGCUGUUGAACCGCCAGACAGAGGACCUGCCCGAUGGGGUUGACCCCACCAAGAAGGAGGAGUAUCUGUCCAAUGCUGACUUUGCUCUGAUCCUGGGUGUGUCCCGGGUAGAGUUCUACUCCAUGCCCACCUGGAAGCAGCAGAAUCUGAAGAAAGAGAAGGGUCUGUUCUAGGAGAAGAAUAUCUGCACCUCAGGUCUCAUUUUGACAGCGUAAAAUAGCAGCGUGCUGUCGUCAAAUCACACGGUAUCUCCUCAAAUACUCUCUUGGGAAUCUAGUUCAUAGGGAGGUUGGAAUGCAAGAACUAUACAUCUUAAUUCUGUAUCUUGAAUUUGCACCGUUAUUCGUGCAUCCUUAAACUCCAAACAUAUUGCCCCUGCGUGGACUUUGUAUCAUUCCAAAUUAGAUCCACUAAAACAAAAGUAUAGGGAGAAUAUCAGACAUGGCGAACACUAGCACUGCUUUUUUGCGGUGUCAAAAUUAGGCCCCUCGUGUUUUGUCAUCUAGCCUUGCAAUUCAAUCAUUCACACAUUCUCAGAUAACCAACAGUAAGUUGGUUAUCAAAUGACUGUGCCUUAGGCUUUUUUUUUUUUUUCUGAAAUGUUGCUGUUGUAAUUUAAACAAUCAAGUUAUGGAGAGGAAAAGUGUAGGGGAUAGGAAUAAUUAUAUACGUUUUGUUAUCUGAGAUUUAUCAUAGGCACAAUAAGCAGCACUUUUCCCCUGAAUUGCUACUUGUGUCACCGAAUUCUACCUGGAUAUAUAAUGUAGAUGUCAAGCAUUUAAGACUAAGCAGGAGAUGAUAUUGGUUCUAUACUUUAUUUUCACAAUGAGCCUUAUUAACAUUGAAAAUGUGUCUAAAAUGUUUCUUUGUAAUGCCAAUAUUCAGAGGACCGCAAGGGCUUAGUUAUAUGUUGUAGUGCAGAAAUAUAAAGAUGAGUUACUUCAUAUGCUUUAUAAUAUAAAUGUUUAGAUCUAAUGUAUCAAUGAAAUUCAAGAUUGUCAAAUGGGGAUAACUACUGCGCUAUUUAGUUUUUGUCUUUAUAUGAAGACCCUUCAAAUGCCAUGCUGAAUGGCAGUCAAUAAAGAUAAUAUUCCCCA